AUGGUCAGAAAGGUUCGCAGGCGAUCCAGUCUCUUCUAUUCUCAAUCAGCUGAUGAUAUUUCUCCUACGAGCCCAAAUAGUAGUGGAUCUAUUACACAGUCGUCGUCUGAUGGACACUCACAGCGGGAAUCACCCCCUGGCAUACCGAGAUCUGACAGGAAUAUGGUUCUACCCCUAUGUUCAAAAUGUCGUGCAAAUGCUCUAUCGGCUGAAGAUGUUUAUGCGAUACUUCCUUCGACACCUGAAAUGCACAGUGUUAAAAGCUUUCCAAAUAGCCCUGAAGACGUCCGGUUUAUUAGGGGAGAGUAUUGGAACCCAGUCUUAGAUCAGCAUCAGCGCGACCAUUCUCAUGCUCAUAAUAGGUCACUCGGCAAUAGUCCGUUGAUUAGGACACGGCGAAAAUCUUCACAUAGGGAGCCAUUCGUGGGUUCUUACGAAGAAAGUUUAUUAUCAGGAAGGGUGGCAGCGGUUUCUUGCUCGCCACCAGUAUCAUUUCAGGCUAAAAUCGGUGUUCUUGGAAGAGCAAAGUAUACUGGACAUUGUCCUCCUCAGAUUACAACGUCAUUUGAUGCUGUUUUUUAUAACUGGAAAGAUGAUAGCUACUCUGGGGUCGGAACUGCUGCUGUCGGAAGUGUUUCACCCUCUACAACCUCUGCACUCGAGGACUCACCAAGAGGUAGCCCUUACGUGGGUAAGAUUGAUUUGAACGAGAUAUAUAAAAUUAGGAAUGGACCCAGUAGUAAGAAAUUUCCAGGGUAUCACAUUCCUCGUCAGGGUCAGGUUCAGAUUGUUCUAUCUAAUCUUCAAAAAACGGCGGUACUGUUUUUCUUGAUACCAUACGAUUUGCGAAAAAUGCCACCCGGUACAAAGACUUUCAUUAGACAAAAGAUAUAUGAACGAGAGCCAAAGAAGCUUAUACAUGCUAUUCACUUGCAAAUAGCAUGUCCAAAUCGAAACAGGUUAUAUUUAUAUGGGGAUAUUAGAUUGGUAUUUCAGAAUCGUGAAGUCAUGGCUUCUAAGGGACAUUCAAAGUUAUCAACAACAUCAGAGACAUUUUGCGGGGAAUUUGCUAAGUGGACCAAACCAGAUGUGUUACCAGAGACUGAUAGCGAGCAUGCCACUACUGAUAUGGACAAAGAAAGUCUCAGUCUGUGUAGUAGAUGCUCUGGUGUUAUAGAUGAAGUGGCAGAGGCGUCUGAAUCGACUUCAAGUGAGCAGACAGCUCCAGAGCAUGAAUUAAAUAUUAAGGAAAGACCGGCUGUAACAAGAAUUGCAUCUAGGGAAGAGCUAGACAGCCAAAUGAUGGAGGACAUCGGGGCCUCUUUGAAAUUUUUAUAA